CACCUGGGCACCGGCCAGGGCUCCCCCGGUUCCUUCUGCCCCCGACUUCUGCCCUCUUCCUCUCUUAUUUGUUGUUUUGUUUAAAGGAACGACAACCCGGGUGUUUUUAACUGUCUAGGUGGUCCUGCGGGCAGUGUUAUGCCGAAACAGAACCGUUUUCUGAAGGUGGGAAGAGGAAAGAGAGGGAGAGAAGAGGAGGAGAGGAAGAAGAGAAGGAGGAGAAGGAGAAGGAGAAGGAGAAGGAGAAGGAGAAGGAGAAAGAAGGAGAAGGAGAAGGAGAAGGAGAAGGAGAAGGAGAAGGAGAAGGAGAAGGAGAAGGAGAAGGAGAAGGAGAAGGAGAAGGAGAAGGAGAAGGAGAAGGAGAAGGAGGAGAAAGAAGGAGAAAGAAGGAGAAAGAAGGAGAAAGAAGGAGAAAGAAGGAGAAAGAAGGAGAAAGAAGGAGAAAGAAGGAGAAGAAUGAAAAGAGAAGAGAGAGAAGAAGAAGAAGAAGAGAAGAGAGUGAAAGAGAGGAAGAGAAAGAGAGAAAGAGAGAGAAGAAAGAAAAGAAAGAAAAAGAGGAAAGAAAAGAAAAGAAAGAAAGAAAAGAAAGAAAAGAAAGAAAAGAAAGAAAAGAAAGAAAAGAAAAAAAAGAAAGAAAAGAAAGAAAUUUUCUCUCUUUUUCCCGCCACCGCUUUUCCCCGAUGGGCUCCAAAACGGAGCCUGACCCCUUCCGAUAGGACUCCCAAAACCGGGCCCGAGCCGGUGGGCUCAGCUACCGGAGCGGGGAAUCGGGUCGGGGAGAGCGGCCCGCGGCGGCGGUGA